CUUAGGGAGUACUUUAACGAGAACCUUAAGAAAGAAUAUAUACAACCAUCCUACUCACCAGCAGAAUAUCCCAUCCUGUUUAUAUUCAAGAAGAAUAGCAAGCUCAGGCUGUAUAUUGAUUAUAAGCAACUUAACAAUAUUAUAAUCAAGAACUAA